CGCCGCCCCGACCUCUCCACCUUCUUCGCCACCCUCUCCGAGAUCACCCCGGAUGAAUCGAGCAGCACCCACCGCCCGCACGCCGUGCCGGUGCCCCGCGACAUCAGCGCAGCCUUCUACACGCUCGCCGAAGCGUUGAACGUGAUGCGCCGCGACGGCGGCGGGGGCGGGGGCGGGGCCACCAUCGCGGCGGCCGCAGCGGGAGGGAUCCCCAGCUUCGGGCCGGAGGAUACGGACGCCAAUGGAGGGGGCAAUGAGCUCCUUACAGAAAUGAUUGGGUCGUUGUUGCAGUCGGCGGAGCGGCCGCCCAAGGAGGUGGAGGGGGUGAGUGAGGAGUUUUGUGAUGUGCUCGAUCGCGUGCCAAAGGCGUCGUUGAACUCAUCGCAGGUCUGUCCGAUCUGCAAUAACCCGUUCCUGGAGGAUCAGUACCCCCUUGUCGUGCGGCUGCCGUGCCAUCCGACGCAUCUGUUUGAUCUGGAGUGCGUGCGGCCGUGGUUGAGGCUGCGGGGAACGUGCCCGCUGGAUCGCACGGAUUUCGCUAAGCAGGAGAGGGAGAAGGCGGAGGCGCGGCGGAAGCCGGCGGUGGAUGAUGAGGAGGAGGAGUGGGAUGGCAUGUAUGGUUAG